AUGGCCUCAACAUUCAAAUCCCUCCAAGAUCGAGUCGCAAUCGUCACCGGUGGAUCCCGCGGCAUCGGAGCGGGAAUCGCCAUUGAGCUGGGCAAGCGCGGGGCGAACGUGCUCAUCACAUACAACCAAGCCAGUACACAAGCGACAGCGGUAAUCAGCCAGCUACGGACACUGGGUGUCAGUGCAGAAGGCGUGCAAGCAAGUGGCAGCGACCGUGGCUCCCCACAACGGAUCGUCGCCAAAGCCGUUGAAACCUGGGGCCACAUCGACAUCAUCAUCAACAACGCUGGCACUGGCGACGACGCUCUACUAAGUGACCUAACACACGAGUUAUGGGACAAGGUUCUGGACUGCAAUCUUCGGUUCCCGACGUUUCUACUCAAGGAAGCUAUGGCGCAUUUCGGGACCGCGCCUCGCAUCGUCAACGUCUCCAGCGUGAUCGCACGCAUGGGAGGCUCGUAUAGCACGGCUUAUUGUGCGACGAAGGCGGCGCUGGAGGGGGUUACGAAGGUAUGGGCACAGGAGCUGGGACAGAAGUAUGGGGCUACGGUUAACUGUGUUAAUCCUGGGCCCGUCAAGACGGAUAUGUGGUUGAAGGACACUGAGCAGGCCGUGCUUGAUGAGUGGGAUACGAAAAUGAACGAGAUUCCUGCUGGGGCGAGGAUCGCCGAGGUGGAUGACAUUGCGCAAAUUGUUGCUUUC